UUAGGAGGAAGAAAAGAAAGAAAAAAGAAAAAGAAAAAGCAAAUGGGUUCUCUAAUGGCAGGUUGGGGCUCUCGAGUCCAAGAUCCAAAGUCAGUGGCAUACAAAAGGAAUCGGUCAUCUACUAGAGGAGAGAUUGAUGCUUACUGGAGAGCAAAGAAGAAAGCUGAGGAAGAACAUCUCAGAGACAUUUGUAUUCCCUUAUCUGAUAGCAUUCAGGAAAUCAAGUUUGAGGAAUCUGGGAAAAAGUUGGAGAGGUCGAAAUCCGUGCCUGUGGCCAACACAAAACAGCAGGGUUUCAUGGACAUGGAAACUGAAAAAAGCCUGGAAAAACUGAUUAUGAAAAAGGCGUGGUGGACUAGAAGCAACUGGGCAUUUCUGAACGAGCCACCAGCUUCUGAGGCUGCUUCUAACAGUUACACUUCGCAGUUCCACAUUGCUAGCUCCUCGAAAUCAAACGCCGGUGAUGGGGAUUAGCACCUAAUAUUUCUCAACUCUGAAUUAUAUUAUUGUCCAUAUAUAAAUGAGUGUGUAUAUCCCUGACUUGUUGCAGUUCAAUCAUAUUCUGCUAAAGCUUUUUGAAGAGAGAUGUUGCUUGAAAUGGAUGGAAGUGUGUAAAUAUGAAAGGUGUAGUCCUUGCUACCUUUUAGGCAUAUAGUCAUUUAAUUUUGUCUCUGAUGCUUGUACAAAGAAACUGUUUGUAACUCUGUUUUCUUAGGGUUAAUGGUUAUACUUUUGAGUGA